AUGGAGGCGCGCGCGAGGGGCGCCGCGGACCCUAGAGGGAGCAGAGGAGGCCGCCGCGCUCCCCAGCCUGCGGGCCCCAGCGCCAGGCAGUUUCUGGCGCGGCUGGACGCGCGCCCCCUGGCGGCCAGAGCCGCGGCCGAUGUGGCGGCGCUGGUCCGCAGGGCGGGGGCCACAUUGGGUCUACGCCCCAAAGAUGCCAUGAGCGAGCUGGAUUCUGCGGACAUAGAGGUCACGGACAGUCGCCUGCCUAAUCCCACUUUUGUGGAACACCGGCCCCAGCAUCGUCGGUCAGAGACCCUGGGGACACGGACUGUGCCGCCCCAAGUGACUCCGAUUAAGCCCAGGUAUGCUUCAAAGCCGCCCCAGGCGUCUGGGCCGUUCUGUGUGGAGCUGGUGCGCGGUUCUGCGGGCUUUGGCCUCACACUGAGUGGAGGCCGAGAUGCGGCCAGAGACACGCCUCUGGCAGUGCGGGGGCUGCUGAGGGACGGGCCAGCCCAGCGCAGCGGUCGCUUGCAGGCUGGUGACCUGGUGCUUCAAGUCAACGGCGUGUCAACGCAGGGGCUCACUCACGCCCAGGUGGUGGAGCGGAUCCGCAGUGGUGGCCCGCGGCUGCACCUGGUGCUGAGCAGGCCUCUGGAGACCCACCCCAGCAAGCCUGAGAGGGGGGGCGGCCCCCACAGAGGAGAUGAUCACAGCCCAGAUCCUGGGGGACCAGAGGCGACGAGGUCUCCUAGCGCCAGCGCCUUCCCACUUCUUCACCCUCCAUCCCCGACGACGAUGCCCAAGACCCGGCCCAGCCCGGAGCCCAGCCCAGAGCGGGCAGCGGACCGCCUGGCGGUUCCUCCGGAGCGGGAGCGCCGCACGCAGGACCCAGACGACCGAUCCCCCGGUUCCCCAGGGCCCUGGCUGGUGCCCAGCGAGGAACGGCUCUCGCGGGCCCUGGGUGUCCCGGCCACCACGCAGCUGGCCCAGGAGAUGGCAGCUGGGAGGCGAAGGCACUGA